GGCUUGUGUGCCGGAGUUGACUAUCGGGGCUGUCGAUGCCCGAUCAGCGUCACGUCACCGGGCACGCGCAGGUGAAAAGCAGAUCGUCGAGACCCAUGCAUUCUUCCAAACCACAUUGUCGUUGAACAUGCUCAAGCGGAAGCUCGACUUCACGGCAGACCGCGAGAGACAGCAGGCACACAUGCGGGAGCAGGAUCAACGCACCAACCGAGCCAACUUCAUGUUUAAACACGAAUUCGAUGACGCUUUUCAUCCAUCAAAGGCCGCACUGAACAGUGUACGCCCACCAGCGAUGCAGUUUCCGGACAUACCACAGCCAAUCUUAUUCUACGGACCACGAACGAAUGAGACAAUGUCCAUGAGAUCUACAGCUUCGCUGACCAACGAGUCAUUGCCCAGAGGCCGACGAUCCGGCGCAAACUCGACGCGGUCAGUAUCGAAGGGCUCGCUCGCCGGGAGCAUUCGAUCUUCCCUCAAACGUAAGCAUACUGUUGCCACUGCAGAGUCCAGUAGAAGCCGCACUCUACUUGGUGGCUCCUCAAAUCGUGCAGAGAGCGAGAGUCAGUUCUGCACACCAGCAGAGGAGCAGGAACGAUUGAGACGCAACCUCGCUCCUACCUCUGUGGCGCUUUCCAGUUCCUUAGCCCCCCCGUACUUUCCAUUGGAGCAGGUGUAUCCUGAUCUGACCGACGUCCCUUCCGUUCCUGAACUACCGCCACCUUCGCGGAACAAGCGGGGCGAUACCUUGGUCUUGAAUGAUGUGUUCACCGGGCACUUGGAUGAAACCUUCGCACACACCUCCCUCCUCAUAAGUACAGAACCCGGCAUCCGGAUCUAUUGCACCCCGGAUUUCAUCAAAUGUAUCUCCAACUUGGUGGAGAUCAUUCAACCUCAGCGCCCUGAAGAUCUGCUAGACGAUUUCCAGGUCAAGGUUAUGGGCAAGAUCUUGGAUAACAGGUCACGGCUCGAGGGUAUUGGGAGCUCUUUGGAGUUCAACGUACGAGUGCCUUUUGCUCAUGUUCGCUUUCACCAUGGCUUUGGCCCUAGUCCGUCCUCGCCAGCUGGGAAGGAUCAAUACGAUUUCAUCGCGAACAAUCUUGAGCUGGCUGCACGAAUCAAGAAAUUCCCUGGAGAACAAGCCGGCGAAGACUCUCUGGCCUUGCAUACCACGUUGGGGUCCCUAGGGCUCUCAGUGACGGAGCGUGUUCUGCAAGGUCCAAGCGAGGGUGUUGCAGUACAAGCCGAGUUGCGAGAUGUCAUGGUCUGGUCCCUGAUGAACAAAGAAAGUUCGAUCAACAUCUCUUUCCGAUUAUUCGAAACUGCUGCGGCCAGCAAAAAGAUCGAGUACCUCGCGUCACUGGCCCACCGCACAACAAUACUGGCCGAGGAGCUGACAAUCGGCUUCGUUGAAGCUGAUGAACGACAAGACGACAGGCUACGUUACCUGGCGUGGUACCUUACGAGCGUGCAAGAUCAGUACGCUGAUCCAGCUUUCCUGACCAAGGCCUCGUACGCUCUGCGUGCGGCUAGAGAUCACCUGCGAAGUCACGAUUCAUGGAAGAUCAUUUCACGCUUCCGCCAUACUUGGCAAUGUCUGCCUUCAUACGAGAAGCACGACUUGACCAGGAAGUGCGCCCAGCGGACCAUAGGCUGUCCCGAAGACGCCGAAGAAGAUAUCAUAGCGAUGUGGGAUCAAUGGCGAACAUGGGAUCUUGCACACGUCGACAAGAGUCUCGCUAUGAAAGUGCUUUUCGGCCAUGUCGUAGACAGUCUACCAACACCGGACUCGGCACCUUUGUAUCUUGACAUCAAGUCUGGCGGAGUGAAGCUGAUAAUCGACCCUGGAGCGAAGCAAAGUGAGGUCGAGCUAGUCAUCCUUGCAAUCAAUGUUGCACUCCUGCCACCAGUAAAAGAGCCAGAUGCGCUCGGGGUAGUGGCCACAGACACCCCUACGAGAUCAUCUACCGUGCAAAUCAGCUCGAGAGAGACUCUGUUCCACAUCCACUGGGAGAUUUGUGAGCUUGCAGAAGCACUCACGAACUUGUUCCUUAAAGAAGAAAUUGCGCUUGAUACGACGGCGCUGUCCAAAGCCAGUCCGCCAAAGCAGAGCAAGAAGACGGCUCAUCACCAAGAUGUUCAAAUAAUCUUUGCUACAGAUAAGUCACAGAUCAUCCUGGACACGAUCAAUCUCCGAAGCGUUAUGACCGGACGCCGGUUACGCUUCUCGUUCGUAGAUGCGAACAAGAAGCCCUCAGACCUUGGAGAGACCCUAAGUGCUCACCUACACCUCGAGUUAGCCGUAGGUGAGAUAUUUUCGCGCUCGCGAUCGCUUGCCAAGGCGCAGUUCGAGCGGCCAAGUCUCUACUUCGCCCUUGUUGAACACGAGAAAGGCAGCAACAUCCCCGACGAGAUCAAAGCUGCCGCCACUAGUCAAAUGAUCAUCAUCAAGGUCCAAGAGGAUAUCAUGGGUUUUGUCGAGGUAGUCGAUUCUGUGCUCCGAGACGAAGUCGUCUACUUUCAGCGCCAGGCAAAGGCAAUGCAAACCAUCACGAAAAGGGAGAAGGACGUACAGCCCAAGAUCAACAAGGUCAAAGACGCACAACUUCCCAAUAUCACACUGGCAUUGUUCAUGGACGCAUAUCAAGUUGAGCUUGCGCUACUUCAUCCUCUUGGCUGGUCUAUAUCGGGGAAAUCGGGACGCAUCGCCGUGGUGCCAACGCUCGGCAAGAACGUCACCCUUCGCGUUGACUACGAUCUUGACGCCAGUUACCACAGGUUGUAUAGUACGUCUGACGAGGGCUCACAUAUCAUCAGCUCUUUGCAGCUACCGGCCGUCAAUGGCCGACUCAAUGUUUCGCAGACUGACCAGGAAACGCGUAUCACGGCUUCCGGGAUCAUCGAUGUCAUUCAGAUCCAGGCCUCGGAGAUGCAGGCUUUUGUCACGACAAUGAACAAGCCCGAGAUUAUUCAAAUGCUGGAUGCGGUCAAAGACGAUGUAGAAGUUCUGAAGACCCACAUCCAAGAGAUCUUCCCGCCAAGUGCAGACGGUCAUGUUGCAAAGCCACCUACGGCUUCGAAAGACGUGCUAUUUGGAGUACAGAUGACUUUCUCCGGAAUGAAUGUAGUUGCAAUAGCACCUGCGAAAGACUCGAAUUCUCCAACCGCGCAUCUGGCCUUCCGCUUGUCAUCCGUGCAGUUGAAGGCUACAAACAUAGACUCGGAUGGCAACGCAAUGAUCUUCCCAGAAGCCAUCGUGCGGAUACACGAAGUCACUGUGGAUAUAACGCUGGAGCAUGGGAGGUCGAUGCGACGCUGCGGAAAUCUUACGUUCAGCGCAAUCCUCCAAGCCACGACAGAAAAGGACUCAGAUCCUCAGCGACGACUGUAUCGUAUACGCAGCUCGGGUCUGGAGAUCAACGCCUUUGCUGAUACUGCUUCGGCUGUCGUGGACGUUAUGAACCACCUACAAGAUAAGAUCAAGGAUCUCGAUCUAUCCAAGGAGAAGAAGUAUCUCAGAAGGCUACGCCAUACUAGGAGCAAACUCUCAAGCAAGUGUGCCAAGAGCGUCAAGAGCCCUGCGGAUGCCGAUAAUGACAGCAUCGACUCGGGCGCCUUGUUCACCUCGACCUAUUCCAUGGAGCUACUCGACCUGCAAGCCACGUGGAUAGUGGGCAACUCUAUUGCACCCUUUGCGAACACUGAACCCGAAGAUCUCGUCUUGUCCUUCAAAUUCAUCAACCUCUCCACGCAAAAGGAUGAUGCGGCGCGUCUGAUGAUCGAAGACAUGCAGCUGCAGAUGGUGCCUAUAUCUGCUGACAAGAAGGCACGAUCGCUCAACUCAGCAUUGUUGCCGAAGAUGCAGUUCAAUGUAGCCUAUGCUUCGACGAAGGACACGCGAAAUCUUGCUUUCCACGCCGCCGGUAAAGCUCUAGACCUUCAGCUCGACUCCCACUUCAUCCUUCCUGCCAACAUGAUUGAGCGCUCGAUCGCGCUUGCAGGUAUGAAAUUUCGCAAGGCUUCUGCAAAUUGGAGCGUGACCCCUACCACGUCUGGCGCGCAACGGAAGAGCCCCUUCGGCAACAAGCGACUGUCAUCGCUGACAGUGGACGCAAACUUUGCUGGAGCUGUUGUGCACAUCAAUGGACGAGAAGGUCCAUCCACACAUGGAGCGUCGCAUCGAUCACAACAAAAGGGAAGAUACAGUCAAUUCGUUGGCGAUGACUCGAAAAGCAGUCUUGCCCUCCGAGCUCCUGGUGUUGCGCUACGAGUAGAGUACCAGGACCAAGGGCAUGAUCCAUCGCUAAACGCUGAGCUUCGCGUCGAUGGUUCUAGCAAUACUUUACUGCCAACUGUGGUCCCUAUCAUCAUCGACAUCUCGGACAGUAUCAAGGCUGUUGUUCGUGACAAGGACAGUGAUGAUUCUUCCGAGUCGCUGCAGGAACAGAAGUCGCAGGUCCAAGUGAAGGCCCCCGCAAAGUUACUUGAUGAGGAUAACAACAUCAUCAACGCUGACCCCUCGGCUCUCCUGGGUCGAACUAGCCUCAAUCUCGGUCUCAGAAUUUGCAAACAAGAGUUUAGUCUCAGUUGCCAGCCGAUUGCGCGUGUCGCAGCUAUUGCCAAGCUCGAGGACAUCUAUGUUACGGUCAACAGUGUAAAAUCACAGGAGCAUGGGCAUUUCUUCGCAGCAUCUGCCGCGUUCACGAAGCUCAAUGCCACUGUCCAGCACGUGUACUCACGCGAGUCGACAUUCAGUCUCGACGUGGAAUCGAUUGUUCUAUCAUUGAUGAACAGUAAGCAUUUAAGUGGUACCAGCGGUAUCUCUGCCAUCCUCAAGAUCAGUCCCACAGUACUGCAGAUCAAUGCUCGACAGCUACAGGACUUCUUGUUGUUCCGCGAGAUCUGGAUCCCACCCGAAAUUAGGCAAUCGCCUCACCCAGCAGACGCGAACGUCAAUCCUGAUCCCGAGCCACAAGAGUACUUGAUGCAACGCUACCAGCAGGUCACGACUGCAACAGCCUUCCCGUGGAGCGCCAACGUGGCUAUUGCAGAUGUGAAAGUCGAUCUCGAUCUUGGCCAAGCCAUCGGCAGGUCUUCGCUGCACAUCCAAAACGUGUGGGCUUCAUCGACGAAAGGCACCGACUGGGAACAGAACUUGUGCAUUGGUAUCGAAAAAGUUGGCCUGGAGAGCACGGGUCGCACGAGCGGCUUUGCAGAGCUGGCUGGCGUUAAAGUGCGAACGUCUAUCAGAUGGCCGGAACGAGCGCCAGACAAGCGGUCUACACCACUCAUACAAGCGUCCGUUGCCUUCAGUCAACUGCGUGUCAAGUCUGGCUUCGACUAUCAGGCUUUUGCUGUCGCCGAUAUUGCCAAUUUCGAAUUUCUCAUGUACAACGUUCGCGACGACGACGGCUCGGGCCAAGACCGCCUUGUUGCCAUCCUUGACGGUGACAAGGUGCAUGUCUUCGGCCAAGCCACGAGUGCGGCCCAGGGCCUUGCUCUGUAUCAAGCCAUCGAGCGACUCGUGCAAGAAAAUCAGCAAGCUUACAUGCAAUCGCUCAAGGAUAUUGAGAAGUACCUGAGGCGCAAAUCGUCGGUCUCCCAAGCCUUUGGUCGCUCUCCUUCACAGAGUAUGAUUGCCGCCGAGCUCGAGGAAGACGACACUUUCAAGGCACCCAUCUCUCUCCACACAGAUGUAGUUGUGACCCUUCGCUCCGUUAACCUGGGCGUCUAUCCCGGCACCUUCCUCGACAACGUGGUCCUCAAGCUCGAAGCAGGCGACAUGCAAGCGCGCUUCGCCGUCGCGCUCGAAACAUCCAAAAUCCACUCCAGCCUCGGCAUGACACUGGGCCAGCUCUCCGUAGCGCUCUCCUCAGUCCCGAACCGCAAGACACCCAAAUCUGUCGCCGACUUGACCGUCGAAGACAUCGUCGAAACCGCGCGCUCCGCCCGCGGUGGUACCAUCCUCCGCGUCCCCAGAGUCAUAGCCACUAUGCACACCUGGCAGAUUCCCAAGAACAACCACAUCGACUACGUGUUCAAGAGCAGUCUCGAGGGGAAGGUGGAUGUGGGCUGGAACUAUAGCCGCAUCAGCCACAUAAGACAGAUAUGGACUAAUCACAGUCGCUCGCUUGCAAGUCGCCUCGGCAAACCGCUACCGGAGAGCAACAUCAAAAUCAGCACGGGGCAGACACUCGAUGGACCUGGCACCGACGGCGCAAACGACACCAAAGAGCUCACGGCAAGCAACACGGCUGCCAAUACUGGUCCGAACCGUUCCCGCGCGCUCUCGGUCAGCACGAGCCCAAACCCGAAUGACCCGGACUCGGAGCAGGAGAAAAUCACCGCCGUCGUCAACGUCCCGCAGAGCAGAUACGAGUACACGCCCCUCGAGCCACCAGUCAUCGAGACGCCGCAGCUGAGGGAUAUGGGUGAAGCGACGCCCCCGUUGGAGUGGAUUGGGUUGCAUCGCGAUCGAUUGCCGAAUGUCACGCAUCAGAUUGUUAUCGUCACGUUGUUGGAGAUUGCGAGAGAAGUGGAAGAUGCUUAUGAGCGGAUUUUGGGGAGUAGUUAGACUGAGCGUUCAAGAAGUGAAGAAGGAAGCUGUACAUAUGGGGUUCUUUCAACUCGGCGUAUGGGUCACAGCUUGGGGUUCGCAUUCAUGGCGUUGGUGUGUAUAGAUGGUGAAAUAAUUAUCUGCUUUUCUCUCCAG